GGAGGGAAGCUGCUGGUGGUGCCCAUGGUGGGGAGCCACUGGCUCAGCAUGCAGCCCGUGGUGGAGAAGCUGAGCGAGAGAGGCCACGAGGUGGUGGUGCUCAUGCCAGAAGUCAGCUGGAAGAUGGGCACAAGCCAGGGCUACACCGUGAAAACGCACCCGGUGUCUCAGACCCUCAAAGAGCUGGACGACGCCUUCGGGGAGUACGUGGGGGCGCACCUGCAGGAGCUGCCCUUCCCCUGGAGCCCCCUGGCGCUGUACGGCGCCUCCGUCCGCGUCUUCCGCACCUUCUUCGCGCAGUGCCGGGACCUGUUCCGCAGCCAGGAGACGCUGCAGCACCUCAACCAGAGCGGCUUCGAUGCCGUCCUCACCGACCCCGUCUUCCUCUGCGGGGCCACGCUCGCCAGGCACCUCUCGCUGCCGGCCGUCUUCUUCAUGAGGGGCUUCCCCUGCGGGCUCCACUACGCGGCCCCGCGCUGCCCCAGCCCCCUCUCCUACAUCCCCAGGCUCUUCACCUUCAACUCGGACCGCAUGACCUUCCUCCAGCGCCUGGAGAACGCCCUGGUCGCCCUCCUGGAGCUGGGCUACUGCCACGGCUUCUACGCGGACGCCCUCCAGCUCUCCUCCCAGGUGCUCCAGAGAGACGUCUCCCUGCUCGACCUCCUGAGCUCUGCCUCCGUCUGGCUCCUCAGGUUUGACUUUGUCUUUGAGUACCCCCGGCCGGUCAUGCCCAACAUGGUCUUUAUUGGGGGGAUAAACUGUGCCCAGAAGAAGCCGCUGCCCAAGAGUCACGCCAGCCGAGGUACAUCUGCCCAAGAUUUCUUUCAUAUUCUGACAGGCUUGCACAAGGUCCACUGA